AUGGCCAAGCCACUUCUUUUCUGGAUUCUGCUGCUCUUCGCCUCCUCUGCCUUCCUCAUCUCUCGCCUUCUCACAAUUCUCAAUCCAGCUCGCCCAAAACCCAGUCGCCAAUCUCGCCGCGAUGCGCAUCAGCCGACGCAUCUCCUCGUCGUACUUGGCUCAGGAGGACAUACGGCUGAGAUGAUAGCGAUGCUGGAGCGGAGCAUGCACGAGGAAGAUCCCACUUCAAGACUCGAUCUCAACAAUUUCAGACAUAGAACGUGGGUCGUUGGCGAGGGGGACUCUCUUUCUGCGGAGCGGGCCAGGGACUUUGAAGAGAAGCUGGAAAGAUUGCACGAAGAGAAGGCAGGUUAUAAAGCGAGAUGGGAAGAGGGCGGUCGAGGCACAUACGAUAUCCAAUUUGUUCCGAGAGCACGGCAAAUUCAUCAAAGUCCAUUAACGACACCUUUCUCAUGCCUUCGAUGUUUCUUCGCAUGUGCAGCGGUUCUGUCCCAGUACACCGGUGGAAUGGGGCAGCUGGACUUUCCAGAUCUUAUUUUGGUGAAUGGUCCGGCCACAGGAACUAUUCUGGUCUUCGCGAGCUUGGCCUUGAGGUUCUUCGAAGUAUGGGGCUGCAACUGGAGAGGCAAGAUGAGGACCAUCUAUGUCGAAAGCUGGGCGAGAGUCAAAAAGCUGAGCUUGUCAGGGCGAUUGCUUGAGCUCGUGGUCGACCGCUUCCUGGUACAAUGGCCGCAGCUAGAGCGAGAAGGAGGCAGAGCAGAGUAUAUGGGCGUGCUCGUAUGA